AUGGCAGAUCUUAAACGUACUAUUUCAUAUCUUCCACCUAAGGAGUUGGAAUUGGUUCAGAGUGCUCUAAAUCUAGCUUUUGAGGCACAUGAUGGUCAAAAAAGAAGAAGUGGAGAGCCCUUUAUUAUUCAUCCUGUUGAAGUUGCACGAAUACUUGGAGAGCUUGAGUUGGAUUGGGAGUCAAUUGCUGCUGGUUUGCUACAUGACACAGUUGAGGAUACAAAUGUUGUUACUUUUGAAAGAAUAGAGAAGGAAUUUGGUCCUACUGUUCGCCACAUUGUAGAAGGAGAGACUAAGGUCUCCAAACUGGGAAAACUGAAGUGUAAGAAUGAAAACCAUUCUGUACAAGAUGUGAAAGCAGAUGAUCUCCGGCAAAUGUUCCUUGCCAUGACUGAGGAGGUCCGUGUUAUCAUCGUAAAAUUAGCUGACAGAUUGCAUAAUAUGCGCACUCUUUCCUACAUGCCUCCUCAUAAGCAGUCCAGCAUUGCCAUGGAGACAUUACAAGUAUUUGCUCCUCUGGCAAAACUGCUAGGGAUGUACCAAAUCAAGUCUGAACUUGAAAACUUAUCCUUCAAGUACACAAAUCCUCAAGAUUAUGCUAAAGUCAAGAGAAGAGUUGCAGAACUCCGUAAGGAACAUGAGAAGGAAAUCAGAGAGGCAAACAAAAUUUUGGUGAAGAAGAUAGAGGAUGAUCAGUUCCUAGACCUUAUGACAGUGGAAACUGAAGUUCAAUCUGUGUGUAAGGAGCCUUACAGCAUCUAUAAAGCUGUACUUAAAUCUAAUGGUUCAAUAAAUGAGGUCAACCAAAUUGCUCAGCUUCGAAUCAUUAUAAAACCAAAGCCAUGCAUUGGAGUUGGACCUUUAUGCAGUGCGCAGCAGAUCUGUUACCAUGUUCUUGGGUUAGUACAUGGAAUUUGGACUCCUAUUCCUCGAUCUAUGAAAGAUUAUAUUGCAACUCCCAAACCUAAUGGUUAUCAGAGUCUUCAUACCACUGUAAUCCCAUUUCUUUAUGAGAGCAUGUUUCAGCUGGAAGUUCAGAUAAGAACUGAAGAGAUGGAUCUGAUCGCUGAGAGAGGCAUUGCCGCUCAUUACAGUGGAAAAGGGUUAGUUACGGGUUUAGUUGGACAUGCAAUGCCUAGUGGUAAAAUUUCAAGAGGGAAAACAGUCUGUCUUAAUAAUGCAAACGUUGCCCUCAGGAUUGGUUGGCUCAAUGCAAUUAGAGAGUGGCAGGAGGAAUUUGUUGGAAACAUGAGCUCAAGAGAAUUUGUGGACACUAUCACCAGAGAUCUUCUAGGUAGCCGUGUCUUUGUAUUUACACCAAGGGGAGAGAUUAAAAACCUGCCAAAGGGGGCAACGGUUAUUGACUAUGCUUAUAUGAUACACACUGAAAUUGGGAACAAGAUGGUUGCUGCCAAGGUCAAUGGUAAUCUUGUUUCUCCUUUGCAUGUACUUGCAAAUGCUGAAGUCGUGGAGAUAAUAACUUAUAAUAUCCUCAAGCAAGAUGGAAAUGUCGAUCAGCUAGGUGCUUCAGUGCAGCUCACUACCUUCCUUGUUUCCCAGGCACUCUCCAGCAAAUCAGCAUUCCAGAGACACAAGCAGUGGUUGCAGCAUGCGAAAACACGGAGUGCUAGACACAAAAUUAUGAAAUUUUUGAGAGAGCAGGCUGCACUAUCAGCAACUGAAAUAACAGCUGAUUCGGUAAAUGAAUUUGUUGCGGAUCAUGAAGGUGAUAGCAAGGCAGAAGAGCUCACAGAUUAUCCUAAAGGAAGCAAAUACACCUGGGAAAAGAUCCUGACUAGUGUUGUGGGUAUAUCAUCUUCAAAGUUAGGCGGAAAAGAUAUUUUCCAAAUACAAAAUGGUAGCAUCCAGAUUCCCAAGGUAAAUGGGAAAUCUAACAAGCAUAUGCAGCAUGUGAGUUUGAAGGCCGAAGGAGAGAUGUUAUCUCAAGGAAAUGGUGUUUCUAAGAUGAUUCUUGCUAAUAUUCCUAUGUACAAGGAAGUCUUGCCUGGUCUGGAGAGCUGGCAAGCUGGCAAGAUUGCAUCGUGGCAUGAUCUUGAAGGACACUUUAUCCAGUGGUUGUGUCUAGUGUGCAUAGAUCGAAGAGGCAUUAUGGCUGAUAUCACUGCCGCUUUGGCCACAGUAGGCAUUACAAUAUGUGCUUGUGCGGCAGAGAUGGACAGAGGGAGGGGAAUAGCAGUUGAUGCUUGUUCACGGGUCGACUCAAUAAUUGGUGUUUUGGGAUGGUCCACGGGUUGUAGCUGGCCUAGCUCCAUCGAAAGCCAACAGUUUCUAGAGUGCUGA